AUGCAAAAUACACCCGCCAUGUAUACCACGGAUCAGAGUACAUUUAAUCCAAUGCAGCAACAACAGUCAGUAACUGCAGCAUCGACAUCUACAUUACCUGUACUUGUGACAUCCGAUGUCAACCCCACAUCAAUGUCAAAUCCGGCUGAAGCGCCACCGCCUUUAAUCAAGCAACCCAAGACAUCUACUAGUCAUCCGAUAAAUAUUAGCUGGAUUGUACCUGGCAAUAUCCUCAGUUAUCUAUCUGUCGCUCCAUUCCCUAAGGGCUUCGAUUUAUACGAUUUCUUGAACCCAGUGACAAGAGGAGAAUGGCUAAAAUUUGAUGAUCAGCAAUACCAAAAGUUUCAACAUCUGCAACAAUCGCGACAACUUCGAGGCAAUCUUUGCUUGAGCUCAUGUCCAGGUAAGAAGGUAAGGCUGUCAGGCCCUGUUCGGGGCAGAGCAGCCAUCAAUCGAGAUCUGGAUCAAGAUUUUGAGCGCAUGAAGGGGUAUGGUAUUACAAUGCUUGUAUGUUGCCUGGACGACACCGAAUUGGAAUUUUUAGGCGCACCAUGGCCGAAAUACGAAAAAGCCGCUUUAGCACAUGACAUGAAGAUUAUUCGAUUACCUAUGAUCGAAGGAGGAUGCCCAAAAACACUGUCGGAAGUGAGAAAUGCAGUGCUUCAAGUGAAUAAAGAGAUUCACAAUGGCAACAAUGUGUUGGCUCAUUGCAGAGGAGGCGUCGGAAGAGCUGGAUUAUUCGCUGGAUGUUGGCUUUUAGAGAACUUGCUGUGCAGAUCAGUCGAGAGAACAGUGCACAUUCUUCGAGAGAGACGUAGUUCAAAGGCUAUCGAGACAUAUGCUCAGGCGGAAUACUUGAUUCGGUAUUCAAUGGCACUCAAUCACAGAUUAGGGCUACCAUUUCGUGCGACUACAACAACCGAUCUUAGCAGAGACAUUCCAUUCGAGUCAGAAAGUGGAUCUCCUUCUAUACCAUUUAUAGCGAAAUUGGAAAACUUAGUUUUGGUGGAUCCUGCCCUUAUCCAGGAUGAUCUACUGCCUGUAGAUGAUGAAACGACACUUGAUGAAACUUUGUCCUCUACCGCUGCUACUACUCCUCCCCCUCGUCCCUCACCCCUGCAACCACACAUUACGGCUACUGCUACAGCUCACCAUCAGGCCCCAGAAUUAUGUACUACGCAAUAUCAAUCGUUUUAA